GCUUUUACAAACUGAACCAGGAAGUGUGAGCUGCUGUCACUGACUGAGAGUGUUUGGUUUUCAGUAAAAUGGCAGAAGCGAAUAUUUUCAUUGCUCAGGAUCAUUUCAGGUGUCCAAUCUGUCUGGAUCUACUCAAGGAUCCAGUAACUCUUUUGUGUGGACACAGUUUCUGUAUGGUCUGUAUUAACGGCUGCUGGGAUCAGCAGGGAGUCUAUAGCUGUCCUCAGUGUAGACAAACCUUCACUCCAAGACCUGUUGUAAGUAAAAACACCAUGCUGGCUGAAGUAGUGGAGACACUGAAGAAGACAGGACACCAAGCUAAACGUCCUCCUCAGUGUUUAACUGGACCUGAAGAUGUGGAGUGUGAUUCCUGCACUGGGAGAAAAUCCAAAGCCAUCAAGUCCUGCCUGGUGUGUCUGGCCUCUUUCUGUGAAACUCAUCUCCAGCCUCACUAUAAAUCUCUUGCCUUUAAGAAGCACAAGCUGGUCGAAGCCUCCAGACAACUCCAGGAUCAGAUCUGCUCUCAGCAUGACAAACUGCUGGAGGUUUACUGUCGCACUGACCAGCAGUGUAUCUGCAUGUUGUGUACUAUGUAUGAACAUAAAGGACAUGAUACAGUAUCAGCUGCAACAGUACGAGCUGAGAAACAGAAGCAGUUGUUGGAGACACAGGAGAAAUCAAAGCAGAGAAUCCAGGAUAGAGAGAAGGAGCUUCAGAAGCUGAAGAAGGCUGUCAAGACUCACAAGCAUUCUGCACAAAAGGCAUUUCAGGAAACUGAGAGGAUCUUUACUGAUCUUAUAAAAGCCAUUGAGAGAAGACACUCUGAUGUGAAAGCACUGAUCAAAGCUCAGGAGGAAGCUGCAGUGAGUCAAGCUGAAAGGGUCAUGAAGCAACUGAAGCAGGAGAUUGCAGAGCUGAAGAAGAGAGACUUUGAAAUGGAGGAACUUUCACACACAACAGAUCCCAUCCAUUACCUUCAGAGAUUUCAGUCUGUCUCGACCCUCACUGUACCUUCAGACUCACCCAACAUUACGAUCAAUCCUCUUCUAACUUUUGAGGGUGUAAUAAAGUCUGUGUCUCAGCUGAAAAUGAAAAUAGAAAAAUGCUGUAAUGCUGAUUUUGAGAAGAUAUCAAGUGCAGAAAAGCUCCUUCGGGUUCCUGGUUUCAGACACAGUAUAGUUGAUCAAGAAAAGUUAUUUACCCAUACGCUUCUGAGACAAUCAGAGACAAUCAGAGACAGUAGAGGUGGUCGUGAUCGGGACCGUUCUAAUGUUUUCCUUCUUAGCCCUAGAAGAAGAAAUAAUGAGUGUUGACCUGGUUAAUGUGAGAAACCAGAAGAUCCACAAACACUGACACUCUACAGCUCUUCUCAGCCUACAGUCUCUCUCUCUCUGUCUCUCUCUCUGUCUCUCUCUCUGUCUCUCUCUCUGUCUCUCUCUCUCUCUCUCUCUCUCUCUCUCUC